ACGCUAUUCGUUGUCAACUGCUUAUGCCCACACGUACACAUACACGGACACACACACACAAUCACAACGACAGUGCCAAGUUCAUAGUUUUCUUGUUCCAGCACAGCGACAACAAAAUCAAAAGCAAAUAAAAAAGAAGCAGAAAAAAGGUAUACUGAUGAUAUUUGAGCCUCCAUAUUAACAAUUUUUACGCACACACCAAUGCAUUCGCCCAUCGAAAACGACGACGACUACCAAGAAAAAAGGGAACGAACGAAUGAAGAAAAGAGAAAAAGGCAAAAAAGAACCGUCGAAUCGUCAAGAUACAGAGAAAAAUAAAAAAAAACGAAUCACAGUGUAUAAGACAACAAAAACUCAUAGACAAACCAAAAGUGAGUGUUAAAGAGCUGCUAAGAAAAAAAAAGUCACUGAUUUCUGUUCGCCUAGAAAAUAAAAAGAGUUAAAAAAAUUUGUGAACUGUUGUUUUGCAGGGUUAUUACCUGAAAAACAAACAAUUAAUUAAAAUACCAUGAUAGUGUUAGCGUGUUUGCCUUUUAUCAUCGUCAUCCUCAUUGUCAUUUUUGAAUAAUUUGCUUGCAUUUUCGUAUGCAUAUCGAGGGAAAAUUUGUAAAACAAAAAAAAAAGUCGUAUGAUGUAGUUUAUCAUCGGUUCGUUUGCGUCUCACAUUCUUUUUUCUCUCAAUAAAACAUUUUUGUUUGACACAUCGAGCGCCCAAUAGAAAAUUUCAACAAGCUACACAUAAAUUCAAUUUUAAUAUACAAUCGGAAGAAGUGCAAAAAAAGUGUAAAGAAGCAGAAAAAGGAACCAAAAACCAUACGAGAACUGAGAGCGUUUACAAAAUCGGCAGUAAUUUGGUGUGGUGUGUGGUGUAUUGUGUGUCGAAUAUCAACUAAACAAGAGAGUGAGAAAGAGAAAAAGAAAGAUAAAAGUUACAACACCAAACAACAUCAACAAUUUUUUCGAAACUUUAUAUCUCAAACUUGAUUCUCAUCAUCUGCUGCUCUUUAUUUUGUAAUAUAAAUUUAAUGCGUGCGUAAAAUCGAUUCGACAAAAUUUACUCUUACACACACACAAAAAAAAACACAAUGGAAGAAACAAAAGUUAUCUAUUACAUUGACGAUGAGCAAACACCAUACUUAGUCAAAAUUCCGUUGUCAACGUCACAAGUCACUCUACGGGAUUUUAAAAUGGUUUUAAACAAACAAAGCUGUAAUUAUAAGUACUUUUUUAAAUCAGUUGACGAUGAUUUCGGGGUGGUGAAAGAGGAAAUAGUCGAUGAAUCGACCAAGUUGCCUGUUUUCAAUGGUCGUGUUAUAUCAUGGCUUGUGACAGCCGAUGGUUCAAAUCAAUCGGACAAUUGCUCGGAGGUGCCGCACAGUGAACAGGGCAAUGGUGUAGGAAAUUUGCAAACGCUACGGAAACCACUUGGACUGGGCGGUGUCGGCGGCGGCGGCGUCAUCGGCAUUACAAGCGGAAACGCAAAUUUGAAUUCAUAUCAACAGCAUCAAAUGAACAUACCACCGAAUCCGUUAACAUAUCAAAGUGCGUCGGUGAUGUCAAGCGAUUUAGAUGCAACGAGUCUAUUUGAAACCGAAAGUGAAAUUACACUAGAUAGAGAUAUGACUGAAUGUAGCAGUGUACAUCGAUUACAAGUACGAAAAAAACCACAACGACGAAAGAAACGAGCGCCCAGCAUGAGCCGUACAUCUAGUUAUAGUUCAAUUACCGAUUCAUCGAUGUCAUUGAACAUAAUCACCGUUUCAAUUAAUAUGGAAGCAGUGAAUUUCUUAGGAAUAUCCAUAGUUGGCCAAUCGAAUCGCGGUGGCGACGGUGGCAUUUAUGUUGGUAGCAUUAUGAAAGGUGGUGCUGUUGCAUUAGACGGUCGCAUUGAACCGGGAGACAUGAUUUUACAGGUCAACGAUGUUAAUUUCGAAAAUAUGACAAAUGACGAAGCGGUGCGUGUACUACGUGAAGUUGUACAAAAACCAGGUCCUAUAAAAUUAGUUGUAGCAAAAUGUUGGGAUCCAAAUCCCAAAGGAUAUUUUACAAUACCAAGAACGGAACCGGUUCGACCAAUUGAUCCAGGUGCAUGGGUGGCACACACACAAGCGGUUACAGCUCAAGAAUCAAUUGGUUAUCAUCCGGAAAUUGCAAGUAUGCAUGGACAUAUGCAUGCCACUGGAAUUGGCAGUUUGGCUGGUACGAUGACAAAUCAGUUACAAAAUCCAUCGUUAAUCAUUCAAGAGCGACUGAAUCGAAAUAAUUUGGAAGAGAUUGUGAAAGCAAUGACCAAACCGGACAGUGGUUUAGAGAUUCGUGAUCGUAUGUGGUUAAAACUUGUUAUACCAAAUGCAUUCAUCGGUGCUGAUGCUGUAAAUUGGGUAUUGGCCAAUGUUGAAGGUGUAAAUGAUCGACGCGAAGCAAGACGCAUCGUUUCAUCAAUGUUACGAAAUAAUCUAAUCAAGCAUACAGUCAAUAAACUCAAUUUUUCCGAGCAAUGCUAUUAUAUUGUGGGCGAUGGUUCACGACAAAUGCGAAUAGCACCCGAAUUGGAUACAGACAGUUUGGCCAGUGAUAUUGCACCACUGCCAAAUCCACCAGUAUACAUGCCCUACUCAGGAACAUACAAUACAAGUCACGGUUAUCAACCGAUUCAAUAUGGUCACGGUGAACGUCACAUAUCAUCUGGAUCAUCUAGUUCAGACGUACUAACUAGCAAAGAUAUUUCAGCUUCUCAAAGUGACAUAACAUCAAUCAUUCAUCAAACCAAUCAAAUGACCAUAACAAAUGGAUCGAAUAAGUCAUCGGGAUCAUCACAUCGUGAAAAUUUGGCAUGUAGUAGUAACGGUGGAAAUCAUGAUCAAGAUAUAUCUGACAAAUAAAACUGGUAAAUGCGAGCAAAGCCUUUGUGUGAGAUGGUGUCACUAUCAGCGAAUUAUUGCACAUAUUGGCAUACCAUUUCUGAUGACUUUAAAAUUGCAGAUUUGGAAAAAACAAUUUUUUUAACAAAAAAAUCGCAAUCAACACAAAUUACUUUAGUAAAUGGUAAAUAAAAUGCAAAACGCUCGAGUUAAUUUUCCAAAGCUUUUAUGCGAUUCAUUUUUAAAAAAGUCAACAUAGUGAUUUUUUUACUGACAAAAGCCAAUACAAUCUCCGGCGGAAGAAAAACACAAAAACCAUUUUAUACCAAAUGUUUUUUUUGUACUGAUUUAUGCCACAAUUUAUACAAAAUAAAGAGACUCGAAUAUUCCGCUGUCAAAAUCCAAAUGUGAAUGGUUUCUGCAUGGAUAAACGAUAAUAUUCCCAUUACUGAGCCAUUCAAAGAAAAAACAUAAGAUUCUAAAAUGCCAUGUGUAAUAAAACUACUAUCUAAUAAGAUUAAAAAAAAAA